GGCUGUGCUGCUAAAAAGAACUCCUUCAGUGCCAGAUGGGGAAUGUAGCUACACAGCCUCUGGGCCUGGCUGUGGAGACAUACCAUCUUCUCCACUCCUGGACAGUCCAGAGUCACCGUCCUCCCUCAGAGCCCUUCCCCACACUGAUCCCAUCACCAAGCGGGGAGUUCCACAAGGCAGGGGAAAGGAAAACCCCCAUGGCAGUAACUCUGAGGGCCAGAAAAGAAAAUGUUCACCAAAUGGUCUACCUACCCCACUGUGUGUGUCUGACCUACCACCCUUUUUAGAUGCAGUCCCCCAGCCCAAUCAGACCAGCCCCGUUUCACCUUCAAGCACAUACUCAUUAGCCACCAUUACUCACCCGCUUUUGCAAUCCAUGGCUAGGUCGCACCCAGUAGCCAGCGAGGGCUUGACUAAGAGCCCCCUAAGGCCAAUGAGCCCUAAACCUAACAGUCGUAGGCCAGCAGCUCACCGUCAACAUUUUUGCUACCCUCCCUCACCAAGGACCAGUUCUGUCUGUCCUAUCCUUCUGGGCCAGUCUAUUAGCGUGGAGGGAUUAACAAACCCCCCUGAGAGACCUAAAACCCUAAAACCCUCAGCUAGCCCUCUGGGUCUCAGCCUCAGCCCUCUGGAUGCAGCCGAAGGCAGAAUAGACAGCCACUCACACAUCAGCCUGUAUGCCAUUGGCUCUAUCAACAAAUUAGAGGGCACACAACAAGGUGGUCGUCCUGUCAGCCAGUCCAGAUCAAGAAGGCUGUUGGAGCUGAAAGACGGGGCGAAGGCCUCUUUGGGUCUUGGUGGGGUGAGGACUGGCUGCUGGAUGGAUGUGGGCUUUUAUGGAGGUGGCCAGCAGCGAAGACGAAAAUGUUCAGAUGACAUCUGGUUGGAAGAGCAAAAGAAAAACAAAAGAAAACUGGCCAGAGCCAUCAGGGGGAGCUUGGGACAACAUAACACACUGUUAUUUGAGGACAAGGACAAAACUGAUGCUGGAGUCAUCUUGGGGCCAAUUGAGGCCUUCCGUGGGAUGCCCCUCAAAGCCCACUGCUUCUCUCAGAGCACCCCCAUUGGUCUUGACUGCCUGGGCUGGAGAAGACACAUCUCCUACUCCUCAAUGGUUGUACCUGACGGGGCAUCAGAGAAGACGGGGUUUGGGGACGAGCUCGGCAGCGAAGAGGAUCUGCUGUAUGAAGAGUUUCGCAGUUCUGGACAUCGAUUUGGACACCCGGGGGGAGGUGGAGGAGAGCAGCUAGCCAUCAAUGAGCUGAUCAGUGAUGGCAGCGUGGUGUAUGCUGAGGCCCUCUGGGACCAUGUCACCAUGGACGACCAGGAGCUGGGCUUCAAGGCUGGUGAUGUCAUCGAAGUAGUAGACGCCACUAACAAGGAGUGGUGGUGGGGUCGCAUCAUGGACAGUGAGGGCUGGUUCCCUGCCAGCUUUGUACGGUUGCGUGUGAACCAGGAUGAGCCCAUGGAGGAGUAUCUGGCCCACCUUGAGGAGGCUCAGGCUGGAGACGAGAACCGGCCAGGUCUGGGCUUGUUGCUGGGACCUGGUUUACCCUGCAAAGAACAGAUGAGGACCAACGUCAUCAAUGAGAUCAUGAGCACAGAGAGAGACUACAUCAAGCACCUAAAGGACAUCUGCGAGGGUUACAUCAAACAGUGUCGCAAGAGGACAGAUAUGUUCACUGAGGAGCAGCUACGUACCAUCUUUGGCAAUAUUGAAGAGAUCUACCGUUUCCAGAGGAAGUUCCUGAAAGGCCUGGAGAAGAAAUUCAACAAAGAGCAGCCACACCUCAGUGAGAUCGGUUGCUGCUUCCUUGAACAUCAAACAGAUUUCCAGAUCUAUUCAGAGUAUUGCAACAACCACCCCAACGCUUGUGUCCAGCUCUCUAAGUUGGUGAAGGUCAACAAGUAUGUGUUCUUCUUCGAAGCCUGCCGACUCCUCCAGAAGAUGAUCGACAUUUCCUUGGAUGGCUUCCUGCUCACUCCAGUUCAGAAGAUCUGCAAGUACCCGUUGCAGCUGGCUGAGCUGCUCAAAUACACUAACCCACAGCACAGAGACUACAAAGAUGUGGAGGCGGCCUUAAAUGCCAUGAAGAACGUGGCCAGGCUGAUCAACGAGAGGAAACGGCGUCUUGAGAACAUUGACAAGAUCGCCCAGUGGCAGAGCUCCAUAGAGGACUGGGAGGGAGAAGACGUCCUCAGCAAGAGCUCUGAUCUCAUCUUUUCAGGAGAGUUGAGCAAGCUAUCCCAGCCCCAGGCCAAGAGUCAACAGAGAAUGUUUUUCCUCUUUGAUCAUCAGAUGGUCUACUGUAAAAAGGACCUCCUGCGGCGGGAUAUGCUGUACUACAAGGGUCGGAUGGACAUGGACUACAUGGAGGUGAUAGACUUGGAGGAUGGCAAGGAGAAAGACUUCAACAUCAGCGUGAAAAAUGCCUUAAAGCUGCGGGCGCUAGCUGGUGAUGAAGUCCACCUCCUGUGUGCCAAGAAGCCAGAGCAGAAACAGCGCUGGCUGCGAGCAUUCGCUGACGAGAGGAUUCAGGUCCAGCAUGACCGCGAGACAGGAUUCUCUCUUACAGAGGUCCAGAAGAAACAGGCUAUGCUUAAUGCCUGCAAAAGGCAUCCAGCUGGGAAACCCAAAGCAGUGACCAGACCCUACUAUGACUUCCUUCUGCGACAGAAACACCCCUCUCUUCCCACUGCUUUGCCCCAGCAGCAGGUCUUUAUGCUGGCUGAGCCCAAGCGCAAAACCUCCGCCUUCUGGCACAACAUCGGCAGAUUGACACCAUUCAAGAAGUAAAGAAAAUGAGUCAGAAAGCAAAAGCAAGGAUGUGGAGAGAAGGAACAGAGGAAGAGAAGAGCUCUCUGCUCGUGCCUGAUAGACCCUUUUUAAUAAUCUCUUUUCUUUCCUACUCGUAACAUUGCCCUCAUUGACAUACUGAUUUAUUGUAUAGAUGAUGUUAAUUAUUAUGAGAAGAUCGUUUUGUGAAAGCACUUUAUAGGUUGGUUAACAAUCAGACUUCAGAAUGGUCUCCUGGAGACAAUGAGUCAAACAGGGAGAGUGGACUCUUGCUUAACUUCCUACUACUGCUAUUACUACUACACCCUCAAUCAAGCGCAGAUUGGUACUAAUACUACUACUGUCCUGCUGUGAGUGAGUGUGGGACUCAUGAUUGUGCUGCCUCUGUGAAGACGUUGGCUGUCUAAAAAAUUGUGUCAUUUAUUUCCACUGUUGCAUUGUUGUGAUUUCACAUAUGCCAAGUGUUCACAGUGCCAGGCAAUUUUGUUUAUUUGUUUUGUGUCUGUUUAUGAAAAAAGGGAACAUUUAGAGGGGGUAGUUUCCUGUUCUUUUCUCUGUAAAAAUAUAUAGUCAGGAUCAUUUCUGCUGGGUUUUUCGGUGUUUUGUGAAGUCCAUACAUCAGGAUUUGGUUCUGUAUGUCUCUUUUGCAUUUAUGGUAUUGUGCAAACACUUGAUUAAUUCAUCAAUUGCAAGAAGAACAACAUUCAACUCAUCAGAGAUUGGGAGCUUUUUAUUGAAAUAAAUAGCAGCAACCCACAAACACUGGCAACACAUUCCUCGAGUCUGAUCCUCAACUCCUCCUACCAUGUCAAUGAAAGUAAACAACCUGUUCCUUCUUUUUCUUUUUUAAGUGCCAUUUGAAGUGUGCCAUGGAUGACAUACAAAGACAUGCAUGGAUGUGAUGAAAAAAUACUGUGAAGAAUAUUUUUUUAUCUCUGAAGAACCCUGCUAUAUUUAACCAGAUUCAAGAACUGAGGUUUCAUGUGCUUCUAGGCUGACAGCAUCACAAACUGACGUUCUUUUAUCUAUGAUAGCCAGUAUUCCUGCUCUGUGUUUCUGGUCUCCAGUAUAAUCUUAUUUCAGAUCAGUGCAGCUCAGUGAUGUCACUCUGUAAGUGCAUUCAGUGAAAUGUGCUCCUUUCACCUUUUUGUUCAAAUGUUUUAGCUUCUGACA